CAAAUUUAUAAAGUUAAUUUAUAUUAAAAUAAGUAAUUUUUGGCAAACAAGAAUAAACAAAUUUUUAGGAGAGAAAAAAAAAAGUUAUCAAGAGUUAGAUUUAAAGGUUAAGAGCUAAUACUAAAAAAUGAGAGUAUUUGAAAAUCCUAAUUUUAAUUUAAGUAAAACUAUGCUCAGAAAAAUUAAAUCAUAACAAUACAUUUAAGAUGAUGGGACUCCAAUUCCAGACUUGGUUUCGAUUCUUUACAAUUUUAAGUUCGUGCAUAAUUAAAGCUAAAAUAAAAAAUUAAGCUAAUUUAUUAAACAGCUAGCUACUUUAGUCGAAUAUCAAUAAAUAAGUGAAGGAUAGUUUAUUGCAGAGUAUAACACAAAUGACACUUUUUUUAUCUUAAAAGGAGAAGUAAUUGCUUUGCAGGAGAGGAGCUAAAGGAGCAUAAUGUAAGAUUAAUUUUGGCACAAAAAACUCCAGCUUAAAAAAAAAGAAUAUGAAGAAACUUUUGACUCCAAAAGAAAAAAAGAAAUACUGAGCGAAAUAGAAAAAAUAGAGAGAGUUCACAAAUAUUUUUCUGAUGUUUUGGUGGAAGAAUAUUUAAGGGCUGACCUAUUUAGGUAUAGCUAAAAUUUUAACUUAGAAGAUGAAUGCAUAUUCAAGGAGUUUGCUCUUAUUAAGGCAGGUAUGACUUUUGGUAAAAACUCAAAUGAUUUUCUGAUUAGCAAAGAUAAUUAAAUAGGAGACUUACAAAUUUACAUUUAGAAUGAGUUAAAAUAACGUAAAGUUAAAUUUAUAGCUGGGAAAAAUUUGCACAUAUUCCGUUUGUCUGCAGAUUCAUAGCAAAUACUUUUUGCGGAAUAUUAUGAAAACAAAUAAAAGAUAAUAGAGUUUCUAUAGUAGAAAUUAUAUAGUCUUAGACAAAAUUAUGAUUUGCUUGAUCUUAUUUCAAACAGGGCGCACUAAAUGUAAUUGUUUGAAGAUUCUGCUCUAUACUUUCAAAACUCAGAAAAGCCAACACAUUUCUAUUUUCUAUUGAAGGGAUAAGUUGAAAUAAGUAAUAUGAGUAUCAAGCAUUCUCCUAUAAUUACUUAUAUUGAAGGACCAAACAUCAUAGGACUUGAAUUUAUUGGAGAGAAAUCUCAAUUUAGAUAAUAUUCCGCAAAGUGCAGAUCGCAAAACAUAGAAGUAUACAAAAUAAGUUACCAAGAAAUAUAAAAUCUUCCUAAUAACUAGUAAUUUAUGGAAGAAAUUAAUAAUUUAGGAUUGUAGCAAAAUAACUAUUUUAAAUAACUUGUAAAUUAAAAAUUAGAUCAAUAUAAGAUACAAAGAUCUAUCUUUUCAAAUAAAUUACAACAAAUUUAUCUAGAAUCACCAAGGCGAAUUUCUGCAUAGUUUUUUUCUCCUUAAAAUUAAUAUUAAGCUUAAUCUAGCAAAAACACUCAAAGAUUCUCUACCACUAAUUUAGAUCAUUUUUUCCCUCAUACUUCUCGCUAAUCAAAGGACACUAUUCAAAGUCCCAUCAAAAUAAAAGAAAAUUCUUAAUCUCCUAAAUUUACAAAUACUAAUAAACAAACUUUUAGAAGUUAGAAUUUACUUUCAAAAUUAUCCACAGAAGAUUAGUUAAAUAGUUCACAUCAAAAAUUAAAUUCUGUUCAUAAUUUUGAGUAAGAUAAAAACGAGGAGUCGAUUGAGUAAAUUGUAAAUUAAAAAUUGAAGUAAUUCUUAAUAAAAAAUUAAAUGCUAACUAUAAAAACAUAAGAAUCUGAUUUCAAUUAGGCCUCUUUAUAUUUCUAAACCACAUAGCAGCACAGUAAUAAAGCAAAGAAUUCAAGUUAAAAUAACCAUUUCAAAUUUAGUAAUAACCAUAGAAAAUUAAAGACGCAAGCAUCAUUAAACCACAGCUAAAAUUCUAUUCAAGGAUAUGAUAGCCAAAAAGGUCAUAACUCAAAAAUUCCUACAUCUUUGAUAAACUAAUUUAUUCCUUAACUAUAAUAGUGUUUCAUUAACAAAUGAAUAACUUCUUCUGUAAAAAUAAUUAAAUCUAAGCUUAUAUUUAUUAUGUUAUUUUAUCACCAAAUUGUAUUAUUUAUAAAUAUUGUU